GAGUGAAAUUGUGGCUAUGAGGCUUAGCUACAGACCGAAUAGCACAAAGCACCGUUUGUGGCUGUGUCUUCUUCGUAAACCAAGCCACGGCGUUUGGUUAUAAUAGCGAGUUCACAACUAGAAGGCUCAGACACUAACUCGCAUCCCUUCAAAAAGGAGUGUGUCUCGCUCUGCAGGCUGUGUGAAGAAUGAAGAGAUUCAUUGUCCUGACGCUUCUGGGCUUCUUGUUUGCUACCCAAGCUGUGCCCUCUAAUCGUAUGUCGUGCUACAAGAAGAUGCUGAGGGGACGAAGCUGCCAUAAUAUCCCCCCAGGGACUGAUCACUUGCGACCCAUAGACCAGGGUCUGGUGGAUCACUUCUGGGACGGAGACAGCUGUGAGGUCGUCUGCUACUGCAGCUUUCGAGAGUUGCUCUGUUGUCCCAAGGACAUUUUCUUUGGACCAAAGAUUUCUUUUGUGAUCCCUUGCAACUCUCAAUAAAAAAAAAGGAAAUUUAACAGCAGAGGGAAAACUGUUCACUACGUGGAAUCAGAUGGACGAUUGGGUGAUUUCUUGUAUCCAUAAUUUCUCUUAAACAUGUAACCAAUGCCACACAAUAAGGUGUCCAAUAACUUUGUUGAUUCUCAAAGUUAGAUAAUGUAAAUAAAAUCUGUAUUUUCUUUUAUCCAGUUAACCUUUCCGGUUCUUGUCUACUGUUAAGACCUUAUUUUACCUUUAUUAAUAAAGUACAAUUUUUUCGUGAAAAACCAAAAUGUUCUUAUGACUGUGUAUCCAAAUGAAUUACACAGAACCAUAGAAAUUUACAAUGGAGAAGAUGGUCACAUUACCAUUAACGUCCACAUGGGCAACAAAGGGUAUGUAGGCUAUUCCCAUCUCUUGGACCAUAUGGACCAGCUGGUGCUCAACCAGAUAUUGUUCUUAAAAAAAAUAAUUGGCCUCUCCAAACUUUACAAGCAGUAAGUUUCAUCCGCUGAAAAUUCUGAAGGUGAAAGCUUUUCUUGCCUCAAUGUCCUGCAAAUCCUUCUGCCCACUGCUGCAAAUCUACAUUCCCAAACUAAUGAAAAUAAAUCUUUCACAAACAAGAGGAAAUCUGCAGAUGUUGGAAAUCCAAGCAACACACACACAGUGCUGGAGGAACUCAGCAGGCCAAGCAGCAUCUAUGGAAAAGAGCAAACGAUCGACCUUUUGGGCCGAGACCCUUCGGCAGGACUGGAGAAAAAAAUCGAAGGGUCUCGGCCUGAAACGUCGACUGUACUCUUUUCCAUGGAUGCUGCCUCGCCUGCUGAAUUCCCAGCAUUGUGUGUGUGUUGCUUGAAAAUAAAUCUUUUCUGCACCCCAUCCUGGCUUCAAAUAUAUUUAUUCAUCGGUAUUAUUCUGUUUUAAUGUUGCCCGCUCUCCCAUAAGCAUCAACUAAUCCACUUAUUUCAAUGUAAAAUGUUCAAGUAACCUUUUAUUGAAAUGUUUAAAACAUUCAUAACAUAGAAAGCAUUUACCAUCAAGGGUUUUCAUUCUUUGUAAUUUUUUUGUGUUGUAGUUGUUUUAUGAUUUAAUAAAAUUUGCUUAAUUAUAAUUACUCUUUUUAAUUUAUUACACAAACAUCAACUUCAGUUAGUCUGUUAUACAGUUCCAUAUUAAGGGCAUGAUGCAGCUCCCAGGGCCCUGGAGUCGAUCAGAAUCAGGUUUACUAUCACCGGCGUAUGUCGUGAAAUUUGUUAACUUUGUGGUAGUAGUACAAUACAUGAUAAAUAUAGGGGGAAACUGUGAAUUAGUAAGUAUAUAUGUGUAUCGGAAUGUGUAUUAAGUCAUGCAAAAACAGGCAUAAAAUAGUAGUGUGCCUAUGGAUUCAAUGUCCAUUCAAAAAUUGGAUGGCAGAGGAAAAGAAGCUGUUCCUGAAUCAUUGAGUGUGUACCUUCAGGCUUCCGUACCUCCUUCCUGAUGGUAGCAAUGAGAAAAGUGCAUACCCUGUGUGGUGGGGGUCAUUAAUGACGGAUACUGCCAUUUUGAGGUGCUGCUCCUUAAGAGCUAUGUUCAAUGUGAAGACUGGAGACAAAAUACAUCUAAAGACUUUCAGAGCAAAAUGCACUGGAAAUACCCAACAGGUCAGUCAGCACCCGCAGGAAGGGAAACAGUUAAAAUCAUGGGCUAACAUUCUAUCAGAAAGCUUAGAGAUGAAACAGGCAGAGAAAGCGGUGAGUGCGGUGUGAAAGGGCAAAGGAUAGGAAAGAUCCAAUUACAUUAGUGGUACUGGAGUUGGUUCAGAGGGUAUUGAAAGCUCUUGAAUAACAAAAGUAAACUGUGGGGGAAGUGUAAAUUAGAAAGAAGUAUCCAAUCUGAACUCAGCAGGGAAUGGAGUACCUGUACUGCAAACACAAGAUG